GACGUGUGUGGCAGCACAAGCUACCGGGGAAGAAACGACUAGACUUGGGCUGGGAGGAAUAGAUAGAAAGUUCAAGUGCUUGGUGGGUUGGUGCGUGCUUCAUGCCCGCGGAAGGGAAAACGGGGCUCCGGUACUGCGUGCAGUUGUCCUGCUUGCCUGUCUCCCGGAUCCGCGAGCACGCGCGCACUCGCACCCGCCCCACAGCCCCUCCCAUACACAAAUACACACAGACACAUAGGCACUUCCCUGCCUCUCCUGCUCGCGGUGGGCUUGCUUGCCUGAGAGGCGAGAGUGGGCUCGCGCCGCGGCCUCUCUGGCUGCUCCCGGGCGGACCGUCGCCGGCUGCGCCCGGGAGUGUCGCCGGCUGCGCCCCGGAGUGGGGGGAGGGGUGGUCCCGCGCCGCCGCCGGCGCCGCGCGCUCCUCCUCCCCCCCUCCCCACGCUGUUCCGAGGCCCGGGCGGCUCUGCCCAAUGAGGAGCGGUGUUGCUGGCAGGUGGGGAGUGUUUUUGUUUUGGGUUGAAGUUGAGGCUGAGGAGAGAGAAGAGCUAGCGACGAGCAGUCGUCGCUGCCGCCCGCGCCGCGGGAGGUGGAGGAGGCCCCGUCGGAGUCGAGAGGUCUCCCCUCCCCGCCGAAGGCCCCUGCCCGCCGCUUCCCUGCCUCCUCCAGGUCCCGUAACUCCCGGGCCUGCCCGGGGCCCCUCAUCUUUGCACUCCGCUCGCCGCAGCGCCCGGCCCCGGCCGCACCCGCCGGCCCCAUGAGGAGGGACGUGAACGGAGUGACCAAGAGCAGGUUUGAGAUGUUCUCAAAUAGUGAUGAAGCUGUAAUCAAUAAAAAACUUCCCAAAGAACUCUUAUUACGGAUAUUUUCUUUUCUGGAUGUUGUUACCUUGUGUCGCUGUGCUCAGGUCUCCAGGGCCUGGAAUGUUCUGGCUCUGGAUGGCAGUAACUGGCAACGAAUUGACCUAUUUGAUUUCCAGAGGGAUAUUGAGGGCCGGGUAGUGGAGAAUAUUUCAAAAAGAUGUGGGGGCUUUUUACGAAAGUUAAGCCUUCGUGGGUGUCUUGGAGUAGGAGACAAUGCAUUAAGGACCUUUGCACAAAACUGUAGGAACAUUGAAGUACUAAAUCUAAAUGGAUGUACAAAGACUACAGACGCUACAUGUACUAGCCUUAGCAAGUUCUGUUCCAAACUCAGGCACCUUGACUUGGCUUCCUGUACAUCAAUAACAAACAUGUCUCUAAAAGCUCUGAGUGAGGGGUGUCCACUGUUGGAGCAAUUGAACAUUUCCUGGUGUGACCAAGUAACCAAGGAUGGCAUCCAAGCACUAGUGAGAGGCUGUGGGGGGCUUAAGGCUUUAUUCCUAAAAGGCUGCACACAGCUAGAAGAUGAAGCUCUCAAGUACAUAGGUGCACACUGUCCUGAACUGGUGACUUUGAACUUGCAGACUUGCUUACAAAUCACAGAUGAAGGUCUCAUUACUAUAUGCAGAGGGUGCCAUAAGUUACAGUCCCUCUGUGCCUCCGGCUGCUCCAACAUCACAGAUGCCAUCCUGAAUGCUCUAGGUCAGAACUGCCCACGGCUUAGAAUAUUAGAAGUGGCAAGGUGUUCUCAACUAACAGAUGUAGGCUUUACCACUCUGGCCAGGAAUUGCCAUGAGCUUGAAAAGAUGGACCUGGAAGAGUGUGUUCAGAUAACAGAUAGCACAUUGAUCCAGCUUUCUAUACACUGUCCUCGACUUCAAGUAUUGAGCCUGUCUCACUGUGAGCUGAUCACAGAUGAUGGAAUUCGUCACCUGGGGAAUGGGGCCUGUGCUCAUGACCAGCUGGAGGUGAUUGAACUGGACAACUGCCCACUAAUCACAGAUGCAUCUCUGGAGCACUUGAAGAGCUGUCACAGCCUUGAGCGGAUAGAACUCUAUGACUGCCAGCAAAUCACACGGGCGGGAAUCAAGAGACUCAGGACCCAUUUACCCAAUAUUAAAGUCCACGCCUACUUCGCACCUGUCACUCCACCCCCAUCAGUAGGGGGCAGCAGACAGCGCUUCUGCAGAUGCUGCAUCAUCCUAUGACAGUGGAGGUGGUCAACCUUGGCGAACUGAGUAUUUAAUGACACUUCUAGAGUUACCGUGGAGUCUCCAGUGGAAGCAACCCCAGUGUUCUGGGCAAGGGUUACAAAGUGAGGGCAGCACCCAGAUCCCCAGAGCCACACAUACAUAUGCAUACCCACCCUCACCCACUCUAGCUCUGUGACCAGGGGACUGAAGUUCGUGCAGGCUUUAUCAAGUGGAUUGGUAAAACUUAACCAUUCCUGUUGGAUGUUCCCAGAAGAAAAUCCUAGGCAAGGUAGAGGGAAAGGAGCAUUCCAGCAAACCCAGUGUUACUGCUACUACGGUUUCUUUAUUUUAUUAAGGGGUUUCUUUGGCAAUUUUGGAACAGCAACUGCAGUCCUUCAGGGUCAAGGAAAGCAUAGAAAAACAAUAUAUGUUGCAUCCAGGGACCAGAAAGAAAAUUUCUUUGCAUCCUAUAAGUGGUAGCCAUCCGUUGUGAGAUGACUACAGAGCUUCUGUGCUUCCUCGUUCCCAUGCCAACGUGCUGAGCAUGCUCACAAAGAAGGCUCGUCCAUUCCUCAUCCUGUUGUAGUGUUUGGCCCAGAGGUUUCCUAAAUGAUUGCGUUGAAAUCGCUGUGGUCCAAAUGUGAUUACUUAACCCACUCAAAUUGUCACUCUCUGUAGCACACUUGUGCACCUGUCUUUCGCUCACUGUUGCUCCCUCCUGCAUUCUUGCUCAGUCUGUCACCUGUUCAUAGUCUGCUUACUCACACUCAGUUGUUACUCUUUUGCUGUUGUUGUGUUUACAAGUUUGCAUUUUGGAUGAUUAGUUGGGGUUACCAAACAUUUUUAAAAGAGACAUUAUCAAUAAAUAUUUUUUUAAUUCUAAAUUUUACCGUUA